GGUAGGAGAUUUGGCCGAGCCUUUUGUCACGUACCUUCAUUCUCUAUUUGACUCUGGUCAGCUACCACGUAUUUUCUUACGCCAAUUUGCGACAAACAAAGCCAUCAUUAGGAAUGAAUUUGGAUUUUUAACUGUUUUCUGACUUGUUUUUUCCCCGUUGUUAUUUCUGUGGUCGUCUAGAAUUUCUGUUUCUCCAAUUUAUUUAUUUUUCUUCUUUUCACUAUUUUGUUCGGCGGCAUUAAAAGUCUCCCUUUUACUCUUCCAAGUUCACACCCACCUUUCAGCGUUGGCCUUCAAUCAUCAAUCGCUAUAUAUAUUCAGGCUAUUUCAGACCCUUUCUCAGCGCGUCUUUAAGAACUCUCACUAGCAAGUUACCACCAACAUAUACUACUUAUUUUGAAGCGAGCAAAAACAUGGCUAAGUUUGUAUCCUUCUUCACAGUAGCCCUUCUUUUCAGCUUUCUGUCACUAUCUUUUGCUGGUCGUCCUGAGCCGGCUUUUGUUGAUGCCACCCUGAUGAAAACUCAGCAACACGAGGUAGAAGCAAAGCAAGCAGAGAUGGAAGAAACUUGCGGAGGAGUUGGGGAGGAAGAAUGUUUGAUGAGGAGGACUCUUGCUGCUCAUCUUGAUUACAUCUAUACCCAGAAUCAUAAGCCGUAGUAAUUCAAGGAAAGACAUUUUUGUUUGUUACCUAUAGGCAAAUAGCUGCUUGUACAACUCCUAUGAUCAUGCAAACUUCGAUUCCAGUGACCCAAAAAACAUGCGAUCAUUAGACGUGAUUGACUUGGCUCAAGUAUAAUCUUGUUUUGCUAGUUAAUUUCUGACCACUGCUAUUAAAAACUGCCUGCUAAGUGCUUGGUGCCUGGAUUUCUGAACAGACUCGUGUACUCAGGAUGCGUUAAAUUCCUUAGGAUCUCUCAGUUUCUCUCUCUUUUUGUGGAUAGAAAUGAGGAAUAAUAUCUCUUUCUUCGUAUGCGAAACACCUGUAAUUACAGUCUUUCAUCCAUUGCAGCAA